GUUGUGAAGCGCGGUGUGGGGAGGAUUUGGCAGUCCGGAGGAGAGGGGCGCUGGGAGGGCGAGCCGCUCGUGGGAGGGGAAUGGCCUGCGUAGGUCAGAGGGCAGAGGUCGCCCAGCGACCCUACGCCGAGCGCUGGACAGGGGUCGCCCGCUGGAAUCGUCGUAUCUGACCUGAGGCAAAGCCUAGGUGGCCUUAUCCUCCAGUUUCCAGACCCACCAGGGUCCUCAUCUUGGCCGUGGACCACGUCCACAGGGUCGGGGGGUUGCUCGGGGGGCUUCGGGGUGCCCCUCACCCGUUCGAGGGCGGGACUUCCGGCCCCGGUGCCCACCGGGGCGGGAUUUCCUGUUUUCAUCCUGGAGAAGUGGGUCUUCCCCGGACCCCCGGACGAGGUGGGGAGGUCUCUGAGCGGGGGAGAAAGACCCCAGGCAGUUACCCCGUCCCUGGCCACGGGGUGCAUCCUCGAGUUCCUCCCACCCUCGAGCAGGGGGCACAUCCAGUUUGACAGGUGAUUGGAGAGGGGCUUCACUAGCAUCCCUCACUCCUUGGGGGACUUACCCUCUUUCCUCACCUCUUCCUGGGGUCAGUUUCUUCCCUUCACCUCCUCACCGCAUCCUAAGAGGCCAAUCGCCUUACCUCUCCGCUCCCCUCCUGUGGAGACAGAUCUCACCUCCUUUCCCUAAUCUUAGAUUCCUCCAUUUGAGGGUGGGGGCGUCUUCCACCUCUCAGUUUCUUGGAGGAUACAGGACUUCCUCCAGAAGCUGAAGGGGCGGGAAACUCCCCAGGUCUUGGCUCUCUCUGGGUGGGUAACCAACUCCACAGAGCCCCCCAGGCUUGACAGACAGGUCUGCCUGAGCCCCCUCCUCCUUUGGCCCAUGCCUCGUCUUUGAGGUGGGGACCCUCUCGUUUCACUCUUCCCAGCCCUGUGGCUCCUCUAAGAUCAGGACAAAGAGGCGUGUAAUCCUAGCGUCUCAAGGAAGUGAGAGCCCCAGGCCUGGCACCGCUGGGCUGUGUGACCUUGGACCAGUCGUUUCCCUGCCCUGAGCCUCAGUUUCCUCCUUCAUCAGGUGGGGACGACCCAAGGAGUGGCUGUGAGACCCUGAGCACCCCCGAGUGCUGUGGGGUUUGGAGUCAGGCAGAUAGCAACUUCAGCCCCGCUUUUGUCACUGUGUGCCUUCCAGCCAGUGCCUUAAGCUCUCUGGGCCUCACUUUCCCCAUCGGGACUAGGAGAUCAUAAAUCUUUCCUCCUGAGAUAGGCAGGAUGGCAUUUGGGAUUCAGAACAGGCUCUGGAUCCAGAUCCCAGUCCCAGCUCCUGCUCUCCAGCUCCAUGACCUGGUCAAGAUACUGAAUCUCCCUGGGCCUCAGUUUGCAACUGUCAAGUGGGCUGAUAGCAGCUCCUCCCUCACAGGCUUGGUGAGAGGGUGGGAUGAGGGUGUUGAUGACACACUCAGGUCCCCACCUGGCUCGUGGGAAGUGCGGGAUGAACUUGCUGCGGGUCCGUCAGGAACGGUGCUGGUGUGCUCUCCCUCUGUGUGGCUUCCAGCAAGGGCUUUGUGCCCCGUGAGCCUCGGGGUCACGCUCGUGAGUGACAGCUCCCACCUAAGUGGGGCAGGGUGUGGAUGGCGUCAGGGCGCCCCGAGGAGCUGUGGGAGGCCGUGGUGGGGGCUGCCGAGCGCUUCCGGGCCCGGACAGGCACGGAGCUGGUGCUGCUGACGGCCGCGCCGCCCCCGCCGCCCCGCCCGGGCCCCUGCGCCUAUGCGGCCCACGGCCGCGGGGCCCUGGCCGAGGCCGCCCGCCGCUGCCUCCACGACAUCGCCCUGGCCCACAGGGCCGCCACCGCCGCCCGGCCCCCCGCGCCCCCGCCAGCCCCGCAGUCGCCCGGCCCCGCGCGGAGCCCGCCCCGGCCUGCCCUGGCCAGGGAGGAGGAUGAGGAGGACGAGGACGAGCCGACAGAGACCGAGACCUCUGGGGAGCGGCUGGGCGUCAGUGAUAACGGAGGGCUCUUUGUGAUGGACGAGGAUGCCACGCUCCAGGACCUGCCUCCCUUCUGCGAGUCGGACCCUGAGAGCACAGACGAUGGCAGCCUGAGCGAGGAGACCCCCGCCGGCCCCCCAGCCUACUCAGUGCCCCCGGCCUCAGCCCUGCCCACACAGCAGUACGCCAAGUCCCUGCCCGUGUCCGUGCCCGUCUGGGCCUUCAAGGAGAAGAGGACGGAAGCGCGGUCAUCAGACGAGGAGAAUGGGCCGCCCUCCUCGCCCGACCUGGACCGCAUCGCGGCGAGCAUGCGCGCGCUGGUGCUGCGGGAGGCCGAGGACACGCAGGUGUUCGGGGACCUGCCCCGGCCGCGGCUCAACACCAGCGACUUCCAGAAGCUCAAGCGGAAAUACUGAGGCCCGAGAGGGAGCCGCCCGGCCCGGCGUCCGCCCCGCCCCACACUACACCCCCGCCCCGCCCCCGGCGCCCGCCAAUCCGAGGCCGAGCCAGGACGGGCCUCCCACGGCCCCGGCCUGGCGCCCGCCCCCCCCCCGCCGAGGGGCGGGCCUGUCCGUUCCCGAUUGGUCUGUUCGCCGCUCUCUGCCCGGCGACAGACUCUUUCUCUUAAGGGGUUGGCUCGCUCCCCAGUCGGGGCGGGGCUAGUUCUAAAUCCUAAACGGGUCAACUCCGUCGUUUUCUGCCUAGCAACAAGGGCUUUGCUCGCACCUCAUUGGCUCCAUCCCUUGAAAGAGCACAGCCAAGCCCCAGGAUUGGGUGGUGGCCCUCCAUCCUGGGGAACGGGCAGCUCUUUCACUUGAUUGGCUCGAGCGCAAAGGGCUUGACCAAUCUCCCGAGAGUUACCGUCCGCCCCUCCUGAGUUCCAUUAGCUGAUUGGCUGCAGCCUCCUGAGGGCGUGGUCAAGCCCUUCUGCGCCCAGGGUUGACCUGUGGUCUUACAUUUACGUUCUUGACACUACUGGGGCUAGGGUCGUUUUUGCCCAAGUCCUGACAACUUGUUCCUGAGGGGGCCACCUCAGGGAUGGCCCAAUCCUGUCCCCGGCUCCGACGCCCUCUCAUUGGUUCCAUCCCACAACAGCCUGCCAAUCGAAGCCCGUCCUUGCAUCCAGGACGGUACCAGCUCCCGCCUCUCUCCCCGUACCCCCACAGGUGCCUUAAAGGGCCCUCGUCCACCCAAGGUGGGGGGCAGGGGGCCUCACUCUCCGGCCCUGGUGUGGUGGAGAGAGUGGG